AUGUCAGACAUCAGGAGCCAGGCUUCACGCAUGAGAUGUCAGACAUUGGGAGCCAGGUGUCAUGCUUCACAUAUCAGCCAUGAGAAGUCAGGUGCCAUGCAUGAGAUGGCAAACAUCAGGUGCCAGGUUCUCAGAUACCUGGAAAAAGACUUCAGUAGUAAGUAUAAACACCAGGAACAAUGUGAAGGGACCAGCAGUAAUCUUCAGACCAAGCCUGGAUUUACAGCUCUGCACAGGGUCAUUCCUGGAGCCUUUGGGAAGCAGCCUUCCAGACGAAGAGGUCUCCACAGGCCGCACCACAUAGAGGUGAACUGGAGCCAUGUCGGGCUGCUGUUUUUCUUUUUGGUCUCCAUUGCUAUGACCGGCUGCUUUAUAUGGCAGUAUAAACUCCCCAAGCAGGAACCCGCUCCACUAGAGAAGGAAGAAGCUCUUGAUGUGGUCCAAAUGUGCCCUCGUAACCCAGAACCGGUGCCACUGGAUCACCCGAUACCUGCUUUGAAAGAGGCCCUUGAAAAGGUUGACACACUUUUAAGGAGCAAAAUCCGUACGCCGGGUCUGCCUGCCAUGUCAGCCAUUGUCACGUAUAAUGAUACUGUCCUGUGGACAGGGAACUUUGGGAAGAAAAAUGGAUCUGACCCAUCCUCUCCCCCUCCCACUGAGUACACUAUAUACAGAAUUGCCAGCAUCUCUAAGAUAUUCCCUUCGUUAAUGUUGUACAAGCUGUGGGAAGACGGAGAAGUUGCCUCACUGGAUGAUCCCUUAGAGCGUUACGCAGAAAACUUCUCUAUCAAAAACCCACUUGGUCGCGGCCAACUGUCUGAUCACAGAUACAUGGCAAAUGGCAUUGUGUUACUGGGGAAAGAGAGCCAAGCGAUGAAACCAUCACCAGUUACACUGCGCCGGAUGGCAAGCCAUCUGUCAGGUCUUCCCAGAAGAUUGCGAUCCACCAACCUGCUGUGGAAGGGCAAAACCCAGGACGCCAUCGAGCUGCUCAGAGAUGAUGUUCUUGUGGCUGAUCCUGGAACUAAGUGCCAUUACAGUAAUCUGGCUUUCUCCCUGCUGGCUCAUGUCCUUGCUGAGCACACUUCUGAAGGUGACUACCAGCGCUGGGUGGUGGAGAAUAUCUUGGACAGAGUGGGCAUGGAGGACACAGGUUUUGAUAUGACACCCCCCAUCCUCGCUCAGAUGGCUGUAGGUUUCUAUAGCAGUGGGCAGCUAGCCCCACUCUAUGAUCUAGGCUGGUACCGACCAUCUGGUCAGAUGUAUUCCACAGCAGCAGAUAUGGCCAAAUUGGCAAUGAUGUUGUUGGGUACUUAUCAUCGACGAAUCCUAGAACCAGAUACCCUAAAGAUCAUGCUUACUCCCCUCUUUAAGUGUUCUUCUGACUACUUUGCCAACAAAACUGGUACACCAUGGGAGGUAAAUGAGUUAUAUGGUUAUGACAUUAUUCGUAAGGAUGGUGAUUUGGAUGGCUACUCUGCCACAUUCUCCCUUAUCCCUAAGCUUAAAAUGAGCUUUACUGUCCUCAUGUCAGGAACACGACCUCAACAAGAGGACAUUGUGGACAAAACAUAUCGCUACCUCAUUCCAGCCAUGGAAAAAUCUUUUCGAGAAGCAGAAAAAAGACUUAACCCAGCCCCCAACCCCACACCAUAUGUUGGCUAUUACACUUAUGCAAAUCUAACUUUCUAUGAGAUCAAACAAGGACCCAAUGGUGUCUUAACCAUGCAGCAGUUUGGACCUCAUAUUGAAGAACUUAUACCUGAAAACUACAGGACCAUCCAGCUCCAUUACUUGGAGGAACGCAUCUUCCAAGUGAUGUUUGAGAAGGAGUUUCCCUGCAUUCUGAACUUGGGCUCGGCGUCAGUCUCACUUGAAACGCAGGACAAGCAACUUUUUAAUUUCUACCCAUUUGACUCUCAGAAUUUGUCUCCAGGGUUUGAUGCUCCAGGUCUCAACACGUACAAUGUGCAGCGUAUAACUCACAAACCUGUGUUCUACAAUUAGAUCACAGAAGUUUUUUACACUUUGUGACACAAUACCAUGCUAAACAUUUUUUAUACAUAAAAUAUUUUUUCAAAAGUAUAUUUCCCAUGCAUUGCCGCUUGUAAUAUUGGUAAAAGCUGCUCUGAUGGUCAAAAAUAUAUUUGAAGCUGAUGGAAGAAACUUCACAAGAUUUAGAACACUAUUGACUUGGACUUGUGAGACUGGGUUUAUACAUUCUCUGUAAAUUCAGCUUGAUUAUCCAAUGAGUUCUGUAGCUCCGAGAAUCUCAGACCCCAGAACGUUAGGAUGCUGCUGGUCACUUCUCAGUUUACCUCUUUGAUGGGUUACCCACCACACAUUGGGUCUGAGGUUGGAGUUUGAAGCUCAGAUCCCAAAGCAGUGAGAUAGUAUUGACAACUUCACUAGUGGAUUAUUUUAUAACUGUUGCAUCUAAAUUAUACUGCCUAUAUAAACUAGUCUCCUAAAAAUAUAUAUAUAUAUGCACGUGUGACUGCUCUGAGCUUUAUCAGUUUUCAUCACGCUCCUACAUUGCAGUGGGCACAUGAGUUUCCACCUAGCUAUUGCUGACAUAACCAUUUACAAUACAAAGCAUCCAUAGACACUCAUCACCAUGGAAACACAACAAUAUAACAGCAAAGAUGAGAGCCGCAGGGUUACUGUUUGAAAGACUAUUAAAAUAAUUUUCUGUAACCUACUGGGGGACCUUGUUUAUUAUAAAACAAACUUUUAAAUUUGA